UCGGCCCCGCACGGUGUUUGAACCGCGCCGCCGCCAGCUCUGUCGGUCAGUGGGUGGCAUAAUCAAUAGACGUCGAGUCGGAAGUGUCGGGAGCGGUGCUGUGAGUGGAGUGAAUGAAUAUUUGGAGACCAUGCAGCCGCCUCCGAGAAAGGGAAACUACGCCAAAUUCCUCAAAAACCUCCACGCGGAGCAGAUCAACAAACUCAACCUCAAGAACCACCACGAGUGCGAACUGCUCGAGGACAUCAAGAGCUUCACGAUCAAGCGGUCGGCGCUCGAGAGGACGUACGCGGAAGAAUUGCUCAAGUUGACCUCGCAGUUCCUCAACAAGAAAGCACCCAACAUCCCGGACAUCAAGUUGGAUGGAAGCGAAGAGAAAUGGAAUAUGUGGAGUGUAUGGAGGACCGUGUUGGAAGAAAACGAAAAACUGGCACAAGCUCGACUAGCGGCCGUAGAAAUUUUUCAGCAGCAAAUCGCGGACGACGCCAAGAUUCUAAAAAACCAUAAAUUACAAGGAGCAAAAAAAUGUUUAGAUCAAUUGGCAGUCAUUCAAAAAGAAUUGCAAGUUUGUGUGCAAGACGUGGAUAAAACGAAAAAAUUGUACUUUGAUGAAGAACACAGUGCUCACGGGGUUAGGGACAAAGCGAGAGACAUCGAAGAAAAACUAAAAAAGAAAAAAGGCGGUUUCUUCACUUCCAUCACAUCCCUUCAAAAGAACAGCGCCAAAUACAGCACCAAACGCGAACAACUCGACGAGAAAUCGACGGGCGCCCGCAACGACUACCUCUUGUGCCUGGCGGCGGCGAACGCCCACCAGAACCGCUACUUCCUGGUGGACAUGCAGCUGUGCAUGAACUCCAUGGAGAGCGGCGUCUUCGACAAAGUGGCCGAAUACCUCUCGUUGAUGGGCCGCACCGAACUUCUGACCUGUUCGGCGUGGCAGAACUCCUUCACCAACAUUAGGGACCAGGCAAAACAGCUGACGAGAGAGUACAACAUACAGUGCUGCUAUUUGUACUAUCCGGUACUAAAACAGCACAUACAGUACCCCUUCGAAUCGUGUGAUAACGACCCCGUAGAGACCAUCACGGCCGAACACGAUUCCGCGGCGGCGACGCUGAGCAAGGAGGCGAGGAGGUGGGCCACGAGGAUAGCGAGGGAGAAUAAUGUGAUCAGGGAAAGUGUGAAGAAAUUGCAGAUUUAUAAUGCGCUCAGAGAGUCUGGACAAAAGGUGGACCCCAACGACCAAAACGGCCCCGACCUGGAAACGAAAAUGGAAGAAAUGAAGCAGAACAUCCGCAAGGCGGAAACGGCCAAAGCCAAAGCGGAAGCGCGGAUCGAAGCCCUCCGCGACGGCGGUGUGAACGUGGAUGAGUGGCUCCAAGAGGCCGAAUCGCUCAACGUCCAAGACAUUCAACGUUCGGCCAGCUCAUUAUCGGUGAGGACUUACGUUUCGACGACGGGGGACCAUCCCAGUUCGGACUCGUUCUACGACAGCGACUUCGCGGACGGGGAAACGGUAACGGUACAGCCGCCGCAAGUCGAAAAGCAACAAGACAAAGACAGCGUAGGAAGUCAGCAAGAUCAGUUUGAGAACGCUGAGGUCGACGGUGAGUGGGCCAUGCUUGAACAAGAACGCCAACGAAUCGAACAACUGACCGCCGGCUGGGACGAUCCGACUCAAGUAGACUGGGGGACCGAAGACUCCUCAGAACCAGAACCCAUCAUGCGCCAAGAAUCUACUCCUUCCGUACCUCUUCUCAAAUGUACAGCUCUCUACUCAUAUACGGCACAAAAUCCAGACGAACUGACAAUUGUAGAAAACGAACAGUUAGAAGUGGUAGGUGAAGGUGACGGCGACGGGUGGUUGAGAGCAAGGAAUUACAAGGGCGAAGAAGGAUACGUACCCCAUAAUUACCUAGACGUGGAGAGAGAACAGACAGCGUCGACGCCAGGAUUAGUCAAUCAAAUUUCUUUCUCUUCGGUCGAUUACACCGUAGACAACGAAGAGGAUGUGCAAGUGACAACCUCGGAGACAAACCAGUCGCCAGAGCAGGUGUCUGUGAUAUCCUUGCAACCAAAAGUACCCGAAUCGCCCCCAGCAAUGUACUGCUGCGCUCUGUACGACUACGACGGUGAAGGCGACGAAGAACUAACCUUCGAAGAAGGCCAGAUCAUCAAAGUACUAAGCAAAUGCGCCCACAGCGUCGACGACGGCUGGUGGAAAGGAGAACUGGAAGGUCGGGUCGGCAAUUUCCCUUCCUUAGUAGUAGAGGAGUGCGACGAGUAUGGGGAACCAUUGACGAACCAGUGGGACGAAACACCGCCUCAGUCCGCACCCCCAGUUUUUACACCACCGGAGGUUCCAGAUUUUUUAAUGGGGGCACAAGUGAUAAUCACCCAACCUACGCCCUCGGUGGAACAACCGCAACAGCCACCACCUGUACCUAAGACACAAACCGAUGUGCCACCGGGAGAGGGAGGCUUUUCUAUGGUGCUAUCCCGGGUCCAACACCAACAAUACGGGAGUCAAUUUGAGGAGGAAGUUCCAACGAUCGAUGUCCCAAGCGUCGAAGUCGUUGACGAGGAUGACCAAUCAGGCGCUCCCCCCGCUCCCAAGUCAGACGACUUUAGCCUCGGCGUGGCCCAGAUCGUGAUAACAGCAGCAACACCAAUGAUGGAAGAACCGGAACACCCAUUCCCUCCGCCCGAAGAGCCGCCCGUGAACCACCGCGACGAAGAGAUCGACACGACCAUCCCCGAAGAGGACGAGGAAGAGGCGGCCGAGGAGCCCUCGGUGCCGCCACCACCGCCGCCGCCGGCACCCGCGGACGACCCCGACGACGCGGACGGCCAGGGCGGCGACUCGACGCCCUUCGUGGUCAGCAGCAGCACGGGCAGCGACGGGGAGACGACCGGCCCCAGCACGGCCGAGAACUCGGUGAGCCACGUGGCGCCGCCGCCGCCCCCAGACGCCGAGCCCAAGCAGGUGGUUGGCGGCAGGGCGAGCAUACCCGACGAGCUGGAGCCCCACCAGCUGGCGAGGCUGCAAGACCUGAAGGAGUCCAACGCCUAGACGUAGAUCUUCGUACGCUUCUAGUUAUACGCAUCCGUGACGGACGACGCUGGACUGUUGUGUGUUGUUGAAUCGCGCGUAUAUUUGUACCUAAUUUGUUAUUUGUUAGAGUAUAUUGAUAUUUUCACUUUAGACUAAAUAGGUGCUAGUUUACCGGUUGAAUUGGUUACUAUUGUUGAAAUGAGAAAAUGAGAUUUUUUUCUUAGAAGGGGUCAAGGGAAUGUAUGGGGAUGAGUUAAAGGUGGUUUAAAGUGUAUAUAUAUGUCAAUCUUUUAGGUCAAUCGGCAAAAUUGUUGGACUGCCAUUAGCGAUUGUAGUACAGUCAAUCCCGCACGAAACCGUGAACUUUGAGUAGGCAGUGUAAAAUUGAUUUGUGGGGACUCGAUAUUCAAAUGGGGUGCAGUAAUUUUUUUGGUUUAUCUCUGUAACAUUUACUUGUGACAAAAGAACUGUAACAAGCAUUUUUGUAGAUGAUAGCAUUAUCUACGACUUUUAUUGAUAACCUAAAAAACUAGGGACGAAAAUUUUCAAGUUGAGAUAACUCAGGUAAUUUGAAUUCUAAAAAAGAAGACGAAUUUACUAUUUGAUUACAAACUUGUGUUACAAACCAGUUUGAAAGGGCGGAUUUUAGUGGUGUUUCAUUUUUCUAGUCAUAACUUUUCUAUUAUUAAUAUUGUACUGAAGAGUUAUUAAUAAAAAUUGUAGAUAUUUAUAUGAUCUACAAAAAUCCUGCUUACAAAUUUUUUGUUAGGGUCACGGUUACGAUGUUCAAUGAAAUAAAUAAUUGCAUCCUUAUUUCCAAGAUAUGUACGGUUGCCUACUUUUUAACUCCGGAUUGGCUAGACUGGAUGAUUAUUACAAAGCUGCAAACCUUUACGUUACAUAGACUCUCUAAAAUUCUGAAGGUAUGUAACUUUUACCUCGAUUCAUUUUUCUUUGGAAGAUAUUAAAAUUAACAUUCUGAAAUAAUUUUUCAUGUCUAUGGGACAUAAUGACAAUUGACAAUGAUAGUUUAUUCUAUGUACAAAAUCCAAAAUGACCUACUAAAAUUCUACAUUUAAGAAUAAGCAAUGCUAAGCAAUACCAACUACCAUUGUGUGCCCUAUGACGAUUACAGAUUUAAUAAAGAUGUUAAACUAGGUCUCAAAAUGAUCAGGUCGGUAUUUUGCAUGGUUAAACUGGGCCCUGAAAUAUGAUAUAACUUGUUCCUACAAAUUUUUAAACUUACAAAAUUGUCUUAUAAACAAGCUAUUAAAUAACUUCGAUGUAAUCUUGACUACAAUACGUAAACUACUUACUAAAUAAAAGCUCCAAAAUCUAUAAAAGGAAUUUUAAUAAUUGUGUGAUAGAAUAUCUUGAUCACAAGAAUUUGUAAGAUUUUGUAUAUUAUACCGGGUGUCCCAACGGUCUGUAACGGUGCAGUCUAAAAGAAUUACCAAACAUAACUAAAGGAAUACUUCUUAAACGUUAAUCACCAAGGUUGUACUUUUUUAAAACGAACGCCCUGUAUAUGUUUACAGAUUUAGAUUACUUAUGACAAAAGCAAAGAAAUGUCAGAUAUGAGGAUAUUUUUAUCGACAGUUUUCCAGAUAUUUGCAAAUUUAUCAACAAACUUAGUAUCAAAAUAAACCUCGAAAAAUUUAUAAAAUAUGUAUAGGUGUCAUUUAAAAUUUUUUUAUUGAUUUUUUGUGCAUAAUUCAGACCGUCAUCUCUAAAUAUUGCGGAAUUGAGGAAUAUAUAGGAUAUUGUAUUUAAAAAAUGGUACGUAACUUUUCAAAUCAUUUUAAAUUUUAGUCCUAAGUAAGUUCUACCAAACGGCGUAAAAAAUGUUUCUCAUAAUUAGCAAUAUUCAAAUUCCAUUAAAUCACACAAUGUAAUUUAUUUUUAAGUAUUCUUUCGUCUAAAUAUGUCAUCGCAACCCAUUUCAGAAAGCUAAAAGUUGUAAAAAGAACAGCCAUCAAAAGUUUGUCAUUUGAAGUGCGAGAAGUUGAUGAUUAAUAUUGUUACACUAAAAAUUAGAAUUAAUAUUUCCAAAAAAUCUACUAUAUAAUGUUCUUUAUUGGGAAGACAAAUAGAUUUAUUUGUUCCUAAAUCAUUGUUUCUCUUUGUAGAAUUUAAAUUGUACAGGCGUUUCUACUCCUCCUUCUAGCCAAAAUUUUUUGCUACCUAACCUACACCAUCUAUUUUUUUUUUUUAUUUUAAAUUAUUCAUCUGAAUGUUUGAUCUAGCCUAAGCAUAUUGCUAUUUCGUAAUAAUAGAAAAUAUUGUCAAAUUAAUAAUAACACUAGAACCAACAUAAUUACGAAGUUUAAAUAACUAAAUAAAUAGAUUUGACCUUGAUGUGGCACUAAAUGGCUGCUGCGCCUAUUUAUUCUCAUAAAUGAGUCUAAGUUACAAAACAGACAUUAAAAUGUCACAAUCUAAAAAUACACUUAGUUGAAGUUACAAUCAGAUAACAAAAAAGGGGCACACAUGAUGAAAUGUAGCUAUACAUAACUACACACCUAACCUCGUUAUAACUGUAAAAACAUUUGAAAGCAUCCUUAAUUUUUCCAGAAGUUGAGGACAAAUUUUCCUCUCUUCUAAUUUUUUUGUGUUUUUCCAAAAUUAUUAAUUUCCUUUUUUGUGAAUUUCGUGUAAACGAUAACGAUUACGCAUAAAUGAAAACACAUAUAUAACAGGGCUCUAAAGGCGCCUCAAUGGUAGAAAAAUUUGCGUAAUGUUUCACAAUAUUUUUGCUAUUUUUGGGUUUGUUGUUUUAUGCAAUGUGUAUCAGAUUAUGAUAACAUCCAUGAUCUAUAUUACCUAAUCAAGGCACGUGUGAAUAUGUUAUCAUAGCUAACAUUGUUGAUUCAUAAACACGCCCGAAUUGUUUUACCAAUAAACCAACUUUUCAGAUCCAACUUAAGUCACAAAAAGUUCUCUUUGAUGCCAUGUAAUUCAAGCUUGAAUAAUAAUUAAUCUUUGACGAUUAAAACAAUCGAAAACAUUGAAAGAGGUUAAAAAACUUCAAAUAUUUGUAGUACUAACCUGAUAUAUAUCUCUUACUAAGAUUAAGCUUCUAAACAUCCGAAUUUAAUUAUUAAGUACAAAGUGUCCAUUUUGCAAAAAUAACAAUUCAAUAAAAAUUUAGGCGGAAUUUGCGAAUAUUUUAUAUAUUUUCGGAUACAGCCGGUAUUUUGUUAUCGUUCCAAAAAAUCACUAAAUAUUUCUGUAAACAAGUUCUUUUAGUGCACAUAUUGCCGGUCUAAUUAAUCCAACUACAAAUAUUAUUUAUUUUUAAUAAAAAAAAUAGUAUCUAUAAAUUUAGAAGAGUUGUAACAAAAGAUGUCCAAAGUUCAAUUCAACUUUAAUUUUUCUUUGUAAAUAUUCUACUAGAUAGUACCUAGAAAUGGAAACAACAUUUGUUUUUUUUUUUUUUUAAUUAAUUCAGUAUUUCUAAGAGUAAAAGUUACCACUCUAUCUACCUCGUAAUUUUCACGUUUUACAAGAUCACAGUACAAAAAAUAUAUAGGCACGUAUUAUAUUUAAACCAAUUCUACUAACCCUUUCUUUCUCAACCUUUACCCUUUACUAACACCAUUUUGACGAUUUUACUCACCGGCAUUCUUGCUACGUGCCUCAACUAUCUAGCUUUUAAGUCCAAAUCUUCACGUUGAUCUUAUAAAACUCGAAUUUUGUUAUUUUAUUUUACUGCACUCAAUUUCCGUGCACCUUACUUUAUAACUGAUUUGCACUACUAUACAUCACGUUCUUUAUCCAUUGGCGGCAGACUAUACUCUAGUGUUUUCCCUUCCAGAAAAUCUAAAUAAUUUUUCUCUUGAUCCUAAACAAUGUAGAGGAAGUCACUGCCCGUCAGUUUAUUAUAUUGUAUAAGUUGAAAAGGACUUGUAAUUUAAUGGGAGUACCAAUGGCAACAGUGCCAAAAUAUAUUUAAUUAAAAACAAGAAGUACAAAUGUAAUCGCACACCCCAUACUCAGCGAACUGUUUAAGCAUCCAUUGCUAUAAAGAAGUAUUACAUUUACAACCAUUUCAAGUGAUUUGAAAAUUAUUAAAAUUGAAAAAUAUUAUCUUUAGAACCACAUAGACAAUAAACACAAAUUUUUGGUUUUAAUAAGUCAAACAUUAAUAAUUAUGAUGUCAAAAUAUCAACAUUUUGACCAAUGUUAGACAUUGUUGUUAUCCUAAUAUGUAUGCAUACAUGUUUCUGAAAGGAAGCACAACUUACAAAUUACGCGUCAUUUCAGGUAUAAAUUUUAAACAUAAAACAAUUGAAGAUUUUAAGAUAAGUGAAGCACCUAAUUGACUUCUACAUUUUGUAGGCAAACAUUAGCCAAGUAUUUCUUAAAUAUAUUACAUUAUAAAUUUAGUAAAGCUACUUUGAAAAUGUUAGAAAAUGACGGAUUUCAAAUUAUAUAAAGGUAAUUCUAAAUUAAGGAAAUAUUUCAAAACUGUUCGUGUAUUUAAUUCCACACAAUUAUGUAACUUUCCUAUAACUGCUGCUUUGCAUGUUCCAAUCGUAAUUUGUUCAAAAAACGUUAACCAUUCAUUUGAUAGCUUCCUUCAUCAAUAUAUAAAGCUGUCAUUAUUUCUUUAAUAAAACAUCCUGUUGUUAAUUAAUAAAAGUUGUAUGAUUUAUUUUUACUUUUGUUGUUAGUUUUAAUGACUACAUCUUUAUUUCACACACACUGAUGUUUUUGUUUUUUAAAAAAUUCUUUAUCGCAGUUUGAUAGAACCCGGUGGGCCACAAUUUAAAAUAAUUUUCAAAUAUACAGGGUGUUCCGUUUGAAAGUUACGCACCAUAAUAACAACUUUCCGUAAAACCGGCACACUAUUUAUCUUGUAAAAUACAAAAUGACAAAACAUUUCAAGAAAAUUUGGAACGAAAUUGUUUGCAGCUUUAUCGUGACUGUCUGGCUUCCCAUUUGCCGAUUGGUUUAAUCUUUCAAACUCUUUGCUUUAAACUUUUGUACUUAUGCCAAAACUAUAUCAAAAUGUCUUGAGCUUUAGCUUCAACCGAAAUGGCCUCACCAUACAUUCCAUUUAUUCCUGCACAAUUCACGAAACGUCUAAAGUGUUUUCCAAUAUCGAUCAACAGUGUUUCUUUUCGUCAAGACUUCGAGACAAUCUGUUCUAAUCAGCUUGAUACUUAAUCGUGUGGACGGUUUUACCUAAUCAAGAUAUAGGCCUGUGGCACAGAAUGACCGCAAUGGGCCAAAAACCGUCCCGAACCUGCAUAAUAAGAUAGCCAUCUCCCAAGAUGGAGCCAUUCGAUAUUUUGCUAAUGAAGUUCCACUCGAGUCAAUUCUGUUUUUGUAUUUUUGCAAUAAUGUACUCGCAUCAUAUUGUCGCACCAAGCGUAGUUCUAGUUUCCUUAAAUAGGGCGCUGGUAGAUUUGCUAGUACUAAGAUUAAAUGACUGAUUAUUUAAGUAACAAAUACUCUAUGACUAAGUCAAAUGAGCGCACCAGUAUUUCGGUGCGUGUUAAGUGUAUAGUGAAAAAAAUCAAGCGUUGUUGCCUAAUUAAUAAACAUUUUAGAUGUUUCUGUAUAUUUAGGGAGGGAUGAAUGGUGUCUAGUUAACGAGAAAUCGGCAGGAUGCACUAAUAUAAACUGCGGGUACCGAUACCAUUACUGCAUUAGUGUUGUACCUAAAAAAUAACUCCUCUCUUAUAGUUUAUAUUGGGUUUACAACGUUUUUUAUGUACCUUGCAAUGUUCCAGAUGUUUAGCAAUAAGUGGUUUAGUUUGUAAAUAGUAUUUAUACGAUAAUAAAUUCAUCCAGAUUUAGUGUGACAGUAUUAUUUGUUCGAUGGUUGUUUUGAUAUCGCAAUUUUUGUGUCACAGAUCCGUCUUUUGUUGUGUGCGUUUUAACGUUGUCUGUGAAGAGGCUCCACAAGGUUUUUUGUAUACUGAAUAAUUCCGCGGACAAGGUUAAAAAAGAUUUGUACAAUUAUGAGAUAUUUCAGGCUGUUUUACGCGAUUGUAUUGAAUUCCCCGUCUUCUUUCAGCGGUGCCUUCUUAUUAUAAACUUCAAUCUCUCACUUUGUAGAUAAUAUGACUAUCUGUAAGACUUGGUUUCAGAUCUGAUUAAUUCAUUAACCCGUUCUAUGUAAACUGAAAUAUUAUGAAAUACAGAAUUUAUGUAGCUGAAA